AUGACGAAUCCUAGCGACGAUCUCAACGAAGCAAUGGAGCAGCCGACGGAGCAGCGAUGGGGGCGAACGAGAACACGAACUGUCCUGCCUCAACCCUCUUCGGCGAUCUCAACCGAAGGCCCCUCGCCGAGCACGAUUCCUCCGCCAGCGCCCGACGCGCCCCUCGAACCCCUCGCAGCCACAAACAUUGGACCCGGACCUGUCACCGACCAGUUGGUAACUAACGCCGCAACUCUCCUCAGCGCCGCUCUCACCAACACUGCCGCUCGCUCCAAUGCCGCUCUCCCCAAUGCUUUGCCCGUCCAAAGGAGCGGACUCGACGACCUGAUGCAAGUCAUACUCGAUCGACUCGCUGGUCAGGAAACGCGAACAAACGAGCGGCUCGAAGCAAUUGUGGCAGCGCAGGAAGCGUCGCAAAAUCAAAUUAGCAGGCUCCAGCAACGAAGGAGCGAGCGCCAGAGUGAGAACGACCCCGGCGAUCAGCACGCAAAUCCACCGCCCCCUGCGAUGUUGUCCGUAGAAGAACGCUACGAAAGCCAUAGACGCCCACCAGCAUCGAUCAUCGUAGGCUCCAUGGAAGAACGCCCCAGAGAAGUCCCAUCCGAGAACCAAAACCAAACGCAGAGACGAAGCGGAAGCCCGCCGACCCCAACUUUGCCGAGCCGACAAACCGACGCAGAUCUCAAGGACAAAACCAUACGGCGCCUUGAGAUGAUGAUCCAAGAACUCUCCUCGAGAGUUCACCGGGCAACGAGCUCGGCCCCCAAUCUCGACCGAGUACUCGAAGAGGUUCAGCGCUCGCCGUUCACUGCAAGGAUCUCUCGCGUUCGUGUUCGUUACGUAAACAAGUUCAAGUUCACUCCGUACAAUGGAUUGGAUGACCCAAAGCCGUUUCUGACUUCUAUGAGUUUUGCUAUAAGCCGAGCUCACUUCAGUGAAGAGGAAUACGAAGCUGGCUGCUGUCAACUCUUUGUCGAGAACCUAGCUCACGAAGCUUUGGGAUGGUUCGCUCGGCUCCCGCUGAACUCUAUCGGAAGCUACCACGNGAGCUGA